GCCGCUCUCUUUGGUGCCGGUCGGUAGGCUAUACGUGGUUGUUGCCCAAUUCCGCGAAAAUUUUUACCGAAGUUAGGGGAUGUGACAGGAAAUAACGUUAUUUGAAUAUUUUUGUGUGGUAUACUGUGUGAAAACGUUGUUUUUCAUUUGUGACUAAUAAAAGUGUUAGGUCGGAGUGGUACUGUGAGUGUGAUUGUGGUCACAGGUGUCGCAUUCCAGGGGGGACGCCGACGCAGCCUCUGUACCCGAUACAGUAGGAAGGUGGACCGCUAGACAACCCUAUUUUAAUUAUUCAAAGAUGGCGGAGCGAUUAUGAGGUCGAACGUCGAACGACUUUUAGAUUCACGAGGAGGCAGAAUAAUUUGAGUAAUGCGAACACUUCGGUGUAAUAAUUUCUGCUGAGAUGGCGCGGUGGAGAGCGCUCCAGCAUGGACGAUCAACGGCUUGCCUUGUGUUCUUCUGCCUACUGCAAGUGGCGAGGGCAACGCCCGGUCCAUGUGAAGUGGAAACGGGUCAGUCUAGCAUUAUAGUUGAUAUAGAAGAAAGUAGAGGAGACCAGGUGAACCAAAGCACAGUGCCGGCUGAUCUGCCGAUAGUCGGUGAACCAGACGUGGACGUGGUAUUGUCCACGGUUUUCCCCAAGGGCCCCACGCUAUUCCAACUGGAUGGAAAGCGGUUGCAGCUCCUACAGCCCCUUGAUAGAGAUGCUGAUAAUUUGUCGCAUAUGGUGUUUCAGCUGGUCUGUCAGGUGAAAGCUACGAAGAAGAGACGGACUAUACCAGUGAUAGUGAGAGUAUCGGACAUUAAUGACAAUGCGCCGGUAUUCCAAGGGACUCCAUAUGAAACUACUGUUUCUGAGCUGGUACCAAUUGGGACUACAAUAUUCGACGGGAUCAAAGCCGUAGACCUCGAUGCGGGCGUCAAUGGUCUGUCUGAAUACUUCAUAAUACCAGGAGAUAAUAAAACCUUAGAGGCGGCGAAUGCCGUGGACGGGUAUGGAAGCUUCGCGAUACCUCUCCCUCAUCAGGGGCAGGUGACAGUCAAUAGGAGCUUGGAUUACGAGCGCACGCAGAAGUAUCUAGUCACUAUCCUUGCUUCUGAUCGUGCCCGAGACACGAAGAAACGUCUGUCUAGUACCACUACGUUAACUGUUAUUGUACAAGAUGAUGAUGACCAGGACCCAUCCUUUAUAUACAAGGGCUGCACGCUGCAUGAAGGAGCUUGCUUCAACCCGGAAUAUACUAGCUAUGUAAACAGUGGAGUCCUAGCAGGAAUCCUAACGAUAGAACCAGAGAAAAUACAAGCGGUAGAUAUGGACACUUUGGAUGCAAGGAUCAAAUACACCAUCGACAGUGGGGAGCCAGAUUCUUGGAAUACUUACUUCGCUAUAGAUCCUAAUACUGGCGCUGUCAGGCAAUUGGUUCCUGUUGAUACUACAAUUGCUAAGAAGUUCCAGCUCGUGAUAAAGGCAGAAGAAGUAACAGAAGCACGCCGCUUCACGACAGCGAAGCUCACAAUCACAGUGCGACCGGUAGACGCGAGUCCACCAGUUGUUGAAGUUUCCUCUGAUGAAGGGAAAGUCGAGGAGAACUCCCCUAAAGGCACCAAAGUACUAGACAAUGAAGGAAACCCGAUUAGAUUAACUGUUUCGGAUCCUGAUUUGGGACCCGGUGAUCCAGUUCCAAAAUACACAUUUGAAUUGACAACAAACUUUUUCGAUAUCGACAAAGAUGGAUAUUUAGUUGUCAGUGAUGAAAAACUCGAUCGAGACCCACCCAACCCAGGCAAAUUUAGAUUCCAGGUUGUUGCUCGGGAAGCGAAUGGCGGCGCAGCGUCAGCCCCAACUUCGUUAGCGGUACAGUUAUUAGACCAGAAUGAUAACGCGCCAAUGAUACCCAAGACCCAACCAAUCAUUGUGCCCGCUAGCUUGGAACCUACUGAAGUGCAUACGGUGGAGGCGAUAGACAUCGAUGAGGGUGAGAACGCACGCAUAACGUACAGCAUAUAUCACGUGUCUAACAAUGGAGGCAACAAGUUCACUAUACACCCUAACACCGGAGUUAUAUCCAGCACAGGUCGUUUACAGGCGGGAGAACAGUACAGUGUAACUGUACGUGCGACUGACGCAAAAGGCCUCAGUUCUCAAGGGAUCGUAGAACUGUCCGUAGCGCCCGGCCCCAAUACAAGGCCACCGCAGUUCUCGUCGCGGGAUUACUACGCCCCCGUCUCUGAAGGAGCUGCAAUCAAUUCUACUGUGACUACUGUUACUGCCAAAGAUCCAGAGAAUGAACCAGUGACGUAUUCCAUAGCAUCGGGCAAUGACCUCCGGCAGUUCGCCAUCGGGUCCAACACUGGUAUCAUUACAGUAAUCAGAAGCCUUGAUAGAGAAGUUCUCACCAGAUAUCAACUGAUGGUAAGAGCAGAAGAUCCAGGCAGGCUGUCAAGCACAGCGACAGUUAACAUCAAGGUCACUGACAUCAACGACAAUAAUCCCAAGUUCGACGAGGAUUCAUACUUGUUCCACGUCAAAGAAGGUGCAGCCAACGAAUUCGUAGGCUACGUCCAUGCCACCGACAUAGAUGAAGGUGUGAACGCCAUGGUCAGUUACAGCAUACCCACCCAUUUGCCAUUUAGCAUCGACAAUGGAACUGGAUUGAUUAGUACCAAAACUGAACUGGAUUAUGAAACUACUAAGGAAUAUGCAUUUGUAGUAACAGCAACCGAUGGAGCGAUAGACAAACGACUUGGAACCGCAUCAGUGACCGUACAAGUAACAGAUGUGCCUGACGAACCACCAAUAUUCUCCAAAUUAUUAUACUCAGUACAUGUACCCGAAAAUGCAGCUAAUUACCCUGUCGUUAAAGUUCAGGCUGAAGAUCCAGAUACGAUACCAGAAAUUACAUACACGAUUUUAAUGGGAGACAAUGAACUGUUCACAAUAGACCGUAAGUCUGGUAUGAUAAGGACUGCUAAACCUUUGGACAGGGAAAUAACUGCUAGACAUGAGAUCAUAGUCGGAACUGAAGAGAAUAGCGAAGAAAAGCCUGGUUCUACCACCACUGUUGAAAUUUUAGUUGAUGACAAAAACGACAACGCUCCGAUAUUCACAUCAGUGGUCCGUCCAGUGACUAUCGAGGACUCUUCUUCCAUCGGCAGUUUAGUUCAGACAGUAGUCGCAAUGGACGGCGACGCCACGCCCCCCAACAAUAGAAUCCGGUACAAACUGGUUGGCAGAGGAAAAGCUUCCAUUUACUUCCACGUUGAACCUGAUACCGGCGCCGUGAGGGUUCGUGAUGAUUUGAGGAAGGAGGCUGAUAGUGAAUAUACUGUGGACGUGCAAGCAUACGACCAAGGUGACCCCGUGAUGUCGUCAGUUACUAGUCUUACUGUCUACGUCAGCCAUUCUGCUACAGUUCCUCCAGAUGUCGGCCUUGGUUUCGCGGACACCGUAUACACGGAACACGUGGCAGAAAAUUCUCCAAACGGCACCCUAGUUAGAGUACUCCCAUUACUGAACAAACGGGAACAUUCCCCAGACACACCGCUCAAGUGUCGACUCACUGAGUCGUCACAUAAAGGAGUGUUCUACGUCAAACUAACAGAGGAUCGAGACUGCGCAAUCUACCUCAAUACAAGUUCCUUAGACUACGAGACGCUUUCAGAGUAUUCUUUGGAAGUUCAACUAGAAUCUAUACAGGGUUUGAUAAACCCGGAGAAUAGUAAGGCGACUAUUAAAGUGCAUAUUACCGAUGCUAAUGACAAUGAGCCAGUGUUCGUGUUUCCUGAACAAAGUACUAUAACGACUGCUAAAGGAAAGUACUAUGCUGUUGUCACCAAGGACAUGUUGCUUGGUACCCGGUUUUUGCAAGUUAAGGCAAAAGACAAAGAUAGUGGUGAUUUCGGCAAGAUAGUUUACCACAAAAACUCAUGGACGAAAGCUGCAGAAGAGUACUUCAGUUUGGAUGAGGAUACAGGAGAGAUUAGCAACAUAAGGACGUUUGAGAACGUGCCCAAAGAUGUACUGCCGUUCAAGUUCAGUGUGACUGCACGAGACAACCCUAAUUCUGCACAGGAUUAUAAAAUCGCUAGGGUUUCCGUUGUGAUAAACCUUCUACAACCAGAUAACCAAUUAGUAGUGGAAGUAGCGGAUCAGAACGCUGAAGCCAUGCGUCGUAGAUCACGAAGCUUGCUCACUGCCAUUGAAGAGAAGACAGGUUUAGUUGCUGGCCUUGAGAAAUUUACUGCCAGACAUUAUUUGGGAGAGAAUGGAACAUUAGAGACUGAUCCAAAGGGAACAGAUGUAUGGUUUUACCUAUUGGAUCCCGCUUCUGGAGUGAUUUUGACCAGAGAAUCUAAGUCAGUGAAAAAAGCUAUAGAGGAAGGCGUGCACAAGGCGGUGGCGAGUCGGUUGCAGUGGCAGGUAUCAGCCCCGCGCGGGCCGCUGUCGCCGGCGGAGGCCCCGCGCCGCCCCCACGUGGCCGCCGCGCCGCUCGCCACGGCGCUGCCCGCCGCACUCAUUGCGCUCGCCGCCGUCGUACUAGUCGCCGCCAUCGCUGCCACCAUCUAUAUUUGCGCUUCUUGGAACAGAUACAAAAAGCAUAAAGAACAAGCGAUACAACAAUACGGUACGCUAAGUAUGAGCAUGCCAACGCCACGGCCGGCGUCCGGCUACGAGUCCAGCGAGGACGAUCCAGCGCCCCGGUACGAAACACAGGUCUUAAACAUGGCGGUUGACGAUGCUGACUUGCAGUUGGACUUUAGCCCAAACAACCACGCAUUCAACAUACAUAGCGUUCAGUAUAUGUCCAAAGAAAACGGUGAACGCAGCCCUACUCUUUCCGAGACAGCGACGACGGCGCGCGCAUCCAGUGUGAACGAGAACGGAGGCACACUAAACAACAUGCAUAGUAAUCAGGUGUUCGAGCCCAUAGCCAACAACUCAGCUCACAACCGUAACACGCAAACGUUGAACCGUCGCGCUGCGGCCGCCCCGCAUCCGCUGAACAACGCUUUGGGAACAUUACCUCGCGUCAACAAUAACCACGCCCCCACUGGCCUUCUAGCGACUACACUAGGCCGCAAGAUCAACGGUGGGAACAACCAUAAGAAGAAAGCUACGCAACCAAUCAUGGCUUACGAUGAAAUACCUGGCCUACAAAGGGCAUCAGACAACGACAAUGUUACGUUCGGUAAAAGAAAUUUUACCGGAUACAACUAUGACCAGUCGCCAGUGGAAACCACCACGGAAUUAUAAACCUUAUCUCACAGGCAUAGUGAUAAUAUAUGCUUAUUUCAAAGUGUUAACAAACUCAAAAACACUAAAGUGCCCUUAAAGUGAAUUAAUCAAAGUGAAUUCCGUCCGAAGAAAUUUUAAUAUUUUUUUGGAAACUUGUAACAUUUGUGUUCAACGAAUAUAAAUCUUCGCGUUAUAAAAAUACGACUGAACUCUCGAAUAAUAUAUAAUGAUGUUUUUUUUUUAAUAAAAAAUAUGUGAAUAACGAAUUUUUAGAUAAUUAUAUUUUUGUACUUAAUUAAAUGGUAAUUGUAAUUUCUUAGCCAAGGCUAGUCCCUGUUUUUAUGAACAAAAUGUGCAUAAUAAAUAUGUAAAUAUGGCAUUACAUGGUGAUGUAUAUUUUAAGGUACCUGAAUUGUAAAUGCAGGUACAAAAACUACUAUACUUUACUAUUUUUGUAAAUCUAUUUUUACGCGUCUCUGGCAAAGUGCCAUCUUUACUUUCAUAAAAUUUUGUACGUAAAUUUUACCGUUUAUAUUGGAACCAAUGUUUGUUCUAUUACUUUUGUAACAAAUACCGACUGCUUUAUGAGAACAAACGUUGGAUCCAAUGUUUGCGACUGUGUUUUUUUUAUUAGAAAUUACUUUUAUCUAAAGUUUUAAAUUUCAUUCUUAAGAACAAAUCUUUCUACUUCUUUACAUGUUCUUUACGAAUUUUGUGCCAGUUACUGUUAAAAGGUUAUUAUAAGGUUUUACUGUGUCUUUACUUGCGCCUGACUAGUCGCUGAAACGCGAUCUUUCUCUUAUUUGUUUUUAGUAAGAAAAGGAACAUUUUUAAUCCA